AUGCUUGCUCCAUCCUAUGAGAAAGCCUCGAAGGAUAUAAUGAAGAAAGUGUUCAACACAAUUGAUGCAGUUGUGGACGGGGCCUCUAUAAAAGACAACGUGAUAUCAGUGGAGGUUCCUGGCGCGGGAGUAUUCGUUAUAAACAGGCAGCCCCCAAAGAGGGAAAUAUGGCUCUCCUCUCCGCUCACAGGCCCAUACCACUUUAAGAGCAUACAAAACAAAUGGAUAGACAGCAGAGGGCGCGAUUUAUUAAGCAUUAUCUCAAAGGAGAUACUUAACAGCGAGCACACUUUAGAGUAG